AUGAUGGAUGAUGAAGAGGGGAUUAUAUCAUUCCAGGCUUUUAAUAAUCCAGCCUCAAAUAAAAAGACUUAUGGAUCUACCAAUUUAAUGGAUACAUUGGAAGAUCUUCCACCAGGAAUAGGACAAUAUGAUGAUUUCCACACUAUUGACUGGUUGCGAGACAUCGCACGUGACCGCAUGCGACAUCGUAAUAUCAUCAAAAAGAAAUCCGAAGGUAUUUGGGAAAAAAUCAAAAGUGCCCAUGACGCCUGGUCUGGAUGGGUGUGUGUACUGCUUGUUGGUAUUGCUGCUGGCCUAUCAGCUGGCUUCAUCGAUAUUGGCACCACGUGGAUGUCUGACCUGAAGGAAGGCAUUUGUCUUGAUGCCUUUUGGUUAAACAGAGAACAGUGCUGCUGGUUAGCCAAUGAUACAACAUUUGAUGAAGCAGCUAACUGCUCACAGUGGUACACUUAUUCCAAACUAUUUGGAAUCACAAACAGUCAGGGAGCCGGCUCCUACAUAGUUGAAUAUAUUCUUUAUAUAAUUGUUGCAUUGUUUAUGGCAGGAUUUGCAGCCAUGUUAGUACGGGUGUUUGCACCUUAUGCUUGUGGUUCUGGUAUUCCUGAGAUUAAAACCAUUUUAAGUGGUUUCAUCAUCCGCGGUUAUUUAGGCAAGUGGACAUUGAUGAUCAAAUCUGUGGGUAUGAUGCUGGGCGUCUCGGCUGGACUCAGCCUUGGAAAAGAAGGACCUUUUGUCCAUGUAGCUUGUUGCUGUGGCAACAUUUUUUCCUACUUGUUUCCUAAAUAUGGCAAAAAUGAAGCCAAGAAAAGAGAAAUUCUCUCUGCUGCUGCCGCUGCUGGUGUGAGUGUAGCUUUUGGAGCACCUGUUGGUGGCGUCCUCUUCAGCUUAGAAGAGUUGAGUUACUAUUUCCCUCUGAAGACAAUGUGGCGUUCAUUCUUCUGUGCUUUGGCAGCUGCAUUUGUUUUGCGUUCAAUGAAUCCCUUUGGAAAUGACCAUUUGGUCAUGUUUUAUAUUGACUAUAAUGAACCCUGGUACCUACAAGAGUUGGCAGCAUUCAUUUUGAUUGGUGCCUUAGGAGGCCUCUAUGGAACCUUCUUCAAAAAACUCAAUAUCAUGUGGUGUAGGUACAGGAAAACUUCCAAUCUUGGCAAAUAUCCUAUUGUUGAGGUCCUUGUUAUUACUUUCAUUACAGCUCUUCUCAGUUUUCCAAAUCAGUAUACCAGAAUGAAUUCCAGCGAAUUAAUCCGUCUUCUUGUUAAUCGUUGUGGUCCAGAAGAUUACCGAGAAUUGUGUGAUUACAAUCGUAGUAUUACCAAUGUGAAUGUCUAUGGUGGAAGUGCCGUCGCUGGGGAUGGUGUCAUCCGUGCAGUGUGGCAGUUAGUUUUAGCGUUUCUUUUUAAAGGAAUUAUUACUGUCUUUACAUUCGGUUUGAAGGUUCCCUGUGGUCUGUUCAUCCCCAGCAUGGCUGUUGGUGCUAUUAUGGGACGUAUCGUUGGUAUUGGCGUAGAGCAGUUGGUUGUGGCUUAUCGUGAUUCCUGGUUUUUCUCCAAUAUGUGCACUGCUCAAGAAAUGUGUACUGUAACCCCUGGUUUGUAUGCCAUGGUUGGUGCUGCUGCAGUUUUGGGAGGUGUUACAAGGAUGACAGUGUCUUUGGUUGUGGUGAUGUUUGAGUUAACGGGUGGAUUAUUAUAUAUUGUACCCAUGAUGGCUGCAGUAAUGACCAGUAAAUGGGUUGGCGAUGCACUGGGUCGAGAAGGAAUUUAUGAUGCUCAUAUACGACUGAAUGGUUAUCCAUAUUUAGACAGCAAAGAAGAGUUCACACAUACAACAAUGGCAGCAGAUGUCAUGCGACCACGACGCAAUGAUCCGCCACUCUGUGUUAUAACUCAGGAUUCUAUGACUGUGGAAGAAAUAGAAUGUAUCCUCCGAGAAACAGAGCACAAUGGCUUCCCUGUAGUUGUGUCAAGGGAGUCACAAUAUUUGGUUGGAUUUGUGUUGCGCAGAGAUUUGAAUAUUGCUAUAACUAAUGCCCGCAAAAUUCAAGAUGGAAUUGUUAGCAAUUCUCUUGUUUAUUUCACAUCCCAUACUCCCCCACCUAGCCAGGGAGUCAUGGCACCAGCCCCACUGAAAUUAAGAAGAAUCUUAGACAUGGCCCCAAUCACGAUCACUGAUCAAACCCCCAUGGAAACAGUAGUGGAGAUGUUCCGUAAAUUAGGACUCAGACAGACACUUGUUACUCAUAAUGGGAGACUCCUGGGCAUCAUCACCAAGAAGGAUGUCCUCAGGCAUAUUGCACAUUUCAUUCCCUUCUUUUACAACUGCAAUGAAGAUCAUAUCUUUUUGGCAACUCUCUCUCCCCCUCUCUAUCUUCUGAACUCUCUCCCAAACUCUCUCUCUUUCUCUCUCUCCCAAACUCUCUUCAGAACUGUCUCUCCCAAACUCUCUUCAGAACUGUCUCUCCCAAACUCUCUUCAGAACUGUCUCUCCCAAACUCUCUUCAGAACUGUCUCUCCCAAACUCUCUUCAGAACUGUCUCUCCCAAACUCUCUUCAGAACUGUCUCUCCCAAACUCUCUUCAGAACUGUCUCUCCCAAACUCUCUCUCCGGAGCUCCCAAACUCUCUCUCUCUCUCUCUCUCUUUGGAACUCUCUCUCAAACUCUCUCUCUCUCUCUCAAACUCUCCCCCCCCUCUCUCUCUCUCUCUGGAAUUCUGGAACUCUCCCUCUCUCUUUGGAACUCUCCCUCUCUCUACUUAUUUAUGCCAAAAUCUGUUUAUGA